UAGUGUUUGCAUGUGAUUAGUAGAUUCUGCAUGUGGGUUUUCCAUAUUUCUGUGGAAUUUUUAUUUUACUGUUGAAGAUAAAGUUAAUUGAUUGUGAAAUAAUUUUGGUGUUUGGUGUUUGGAGUUGGUGGGGUUUUAGGGUAUGCUGAAAGUUGAGAUUUUUUAUUUUUUAUUUUUAUCAUUUGACUGUGCUCAAUUGUGGUUAGAACUGUGUUGAACCUGUCACUAGUUAAAUUGCAUGUACUGCUGGGAUGUGCUGCUGCUGCUGCAUUUUCCCCUUUUGUAUUUCAUUUUGAUUGUGAAGUUAUUAUUGUUUAGUUAGGUAUAGGUAAAUUCUGGUGGAAUUUUCACCGUUGGACCAAUUAUAGAUGUACAAACCUUUCUGUGUGUGUUUAUCUACAUAGCUGAGAUGUACCUUCAAAAUCAUAGAUACUUAAUCUUUAUUAAGUUCAGUUUCCAAGUGACAUUGCUGAUGCAUUUAUAAAAUCAGAAGCUGUACAAUAUAAAGAAUAAUCAAAAUGGAGAAACAUUCUGAGGGUUCUAUACCAGGUCGUUUUGAAGGUCCCUUUGAGAUUCCAUCAAUUAAUUUUCCUAGAAAAGGGGGAAGUAGUGCAUGGGGGAUUCCCAGUGGUACUGAUGCUUGUCAUGCAUCAAAUGAUGCCAGCUUGUUUUCUAGCUCAUUGCCUGUCCUUCCACAUGAAAAGUUGAAUUUCAAUUUGGAGCACGGUGGACAAUCAAUUGAUGAUAACUUGUCUACUUUUAAAAAUCUUGAUAUAGAAAAUGAGGAUAAGGAUCCACCCGAAAAUGUUGAACCAAAUGAAAUAGGAAAUAUGCUUCCUGACGAUGAAGAUGAGCUUUUAGCAGGAAUAACAGACGAUUUUGACCUCAGUGGGCUUCCUAGUCAGCUAGAGGAUUUGGAAGAUUAUGAUCUCUUUGGCAGUACAGGGGGAAUGGAAUUGGAUUUUGAGUCCCAAGAUAGCCUUAGUCUUGGAAUGUCAAAAGUAGGUAUAACUGAUGGAGUUGCUUCAAAUGGAAUCAGUCAUUAUGCACUUCCAAAUGGUGUGGGAGCAGUUGCUGGUGAACAUCCUUAUGGGGAGCACCCAUCAAGGACGUUGUUUGUUCGAAAUAUUAAUAGCAAUGUUGAGGAUUCUGAAUUGAGAACUCUGUUUGAGCAAUACGGGGAUAUCAGAACCUUAUACACUGCAUGCAAGCAUAGAGGAUUUGUCAUGAUAUCGUACUAUGAUAUUCGGGCUGCUCGCACUGCGAUGCGUGCAUUACAGAAUAAGCCAUUGAGACGAAGAAAACUUGAUAUUCAUUUUUCAAUUCCUAAGGACAACCCAUCGGAAAAGGAUAUUAACCAAGGAACUCUUGUAGUGUUCAAUUUGGAUGCAUCAGUAUCGAAUGAUGACCUUCGUCAAAUAUUUGGGGUUUAUGGGGAGGUCAAAGAGAUAAGAGAAACACCUCACAAGAGGCACCAUAAAUUUAUUGAAUUUUAUGAUGUUCGAGGUGCUGAGGCGGCGCUUAGAGCAUUAAAUAGGAGUGACAUAGCUGGGAAGCGUAUAAAACUUGAACCAAGCCGGCCUGGUGGAGCACGUCGGAAUUUAAUGCAACAACUAACUCAAGAGCUUGAACAAGAUGAUGGUCGAAGUUUCAGACAUCAAGUAGGUUCACCAAUAGCCAACUCUCCUCCAGGUAAUUGGCAAUUUGGCAGUCCAGUUGAACAUAAUCCUUUACAUGGUUUUAGCAAGUCCCCUGGUCUAGGAAGUGUUAGCCCUGUAAAUGGAAACCAUUUGCCUGGGUUAGCUUCAAUUCUUCCACCCCAUGUAUCUAACUCUUCAAAGAUUGCACCAAUUGGGAAGGACCUGGGAAGGUUUGCAAAUUCAUUAUAUAACACUACUGGAUCAACACAAGGAGCAGCCUAUCAACAUUCUCAUUCCUUCCCAGAGCAGAAACUAAGCACAAGUCCUGGACCAAUUUCUUUUGGUGAAUCAAAUUCAAGUUCAUCCAACAUUGGAACAUUAUCUGGUCCUCAAUUUCUUUGGGGAAAUUCAACAUCUUUCACUGAGCGUGCUAAUUCUUCUGCAUGGCCAAUAUCAUCUGUUGGACACCCUUAUUCCUCUAGUGGACAAGGGCAAGGUUUUCCAUACUCUAGUCGGCAUGGUUCAUUAAUUGGUUCACAUCACCACCAUCAUGUGGGAUCAGCUCCAUCUGGUGUUCCUCUUGAUCGGCAUUUUGGCUACUUCCCUGAGUCUCCAGAAUCUUCCUUCAUGAGUCAAGUUGCCUUUGGAGGUGUGGGUUUAAAUCGCAAUAAUGGUAAUUAUAUGGUGAAUCUUGGUGCUCGUUCAGCUUUGAGUGCUGCUGUUGGUAUUCCGGGGAACAUUGCUGAAAAUGGUUCACCCAGCUACAGAAUGAUGUCAUUGCCGAAGCAUGCUCCAGUAUUCCUUGGGAAUGGCUCUUACACAGGACCACCAGUAACCAGCAGUGAGGGUUUAGUUGAACGCAAUCGAAGUCGGCGGGUUGAGAAUAGUGGGAGUCUGGAUGGCAAGAAGCAGUAUCAGCUUGAUUUAGAUAAAAUUAUCAGUGGGGAGGACAAUAGGACUACUUUAAUGAUAAAAAAUAUCCCUAACAAGUACACUUCAAAAAUGUUGCUGGCUGCUAUUGAUGAAAAUCUCAGGGGCACUUAUGAUUUUCUAUAUUUGCCAAUUGAUUUUAAGAAUAAGUGCAAUGUGGGCUAUGCUUUCAUCAAUAUGGUGUCUCCUUCUCACAUUAUACCCUUCUAUAAGGCAUUUAAUGGGAAGAAGUGGGAGAAGUUCAAUAGUGAAAAAGUUGCCUCACUGGCAUAUGCACGAAUCCAGGGCAAGGCAGCCCUUGUGACACAUUUUCAAAAUUCAAGCCUUAUGAAUGAAGAUAAGCGAUGCCGACCAAUCCUUUUCCACUCAGAGGGCCAAGAUACUGGUGAUCAGGAUCCUUUCAUUUCUAGCAACUUGAACAUAUGCAUUCGUCAGCCGGAUGGGACUUAUUUGGGGGAUUCACUGGACAGCCCGAAGGGAAAUCUGGAUGAGAAGGCGGAGCAAAAUUAACAUUGUAUUCGUAAUCUUACUCUUAGCCUUGAGAAAUGGGGUUAGGCUUGCUAACUGUUUCAUAUUUAAGUGUAUAUUGUAGAAGAGAAACUAAAGAAUAGGCGCAUAAUAUAUGCUCGUAUCAUGGUAGUAUCCGCUUUUAAGUUACGGAUACUUGGUAAUAUUAGAUGGGAAGGUGUGGGAAAGAAGGGCAGAGAGCAUUUUGUUUAUAUUAGAGUGACAAAAUUGUUAUUCAUCCAAGGGAGAAGAAUAAGGCGAAGCAUAUCGCUGAAUUUGUGAAGUCUCUCUGCAGCAGCCAUAUGCAUUUGCUUGCGGGUUUGUGCAUGAUCUCUCUCUUUGUGGGGAGUGUUCUUUUUUUUUUUUUUUUUUUUUUUUUUUUUGGUUCUGGGUGCUGUGUUUCAAGCCCAUUUGCAAAUAUGAUUAUGUGUCUAUAUGGGGGUAAAAGUUGAUGGUGGGGGUCAAAAAUUGUAUAGAAGGAGAGACAAAAAUGGAACCCAUUCUGUUAAUGUGUUAGUGUUGUCAUUGUAGAUAAAUUGUGAAAUUGGAUGAUAUAUAUGCUGUACAGAUGUUUAUUGA